CUCAAACGCACGUCUGUUUCGUUGCCAGACGGUCUUACGAUAGUCGAAAAGUUUUUCAAAAAAAUAAUAUCAAUCACCAAAAAAGUGUUUAAAAAAUUUUUUUUUUCAAUUUUGUUCGAAUGAAGAAAUACAAAAAAAAUUCAACGCCCUUUUGAAACGAAGAUUUUUCAGUAAAUGGAAACUGAAUUAAUUUCCUAAACGAAGUGAAGAAAAUUUAAGUUCAACUCGAGGAUUUUUUUUCUAUCGUUUCUUCUUUUGACAACAAGAGUUUGAAUGGAUGAUUCGUGAACGAAUUUUCGUGAUGUGUAAAAAAACACUCGACGCUUUGGAUGGAGAUUUUAGAACGAUAUGGAAGUUAUUUUCUUGAGAGUCUUUCUCAUUUUCUUUAUUUUGCAUCAAAACUCAGGACAACUGAUUAGAGAUACACGAUGUUUUUUGGAAAACGGAGCCACGGCGGCUCAUCUUUUUGUGAGCGAGGAUCAAAAGGUUGGAGACAUCAUAGGAGUACUGAGAGUUCUUGGCGAUCCGGGACCACAAGGAGAUAUCGAGCUGAGACUUCAGGAACACGAUAGUCCCGUUUCAUUUUCACCCCAUUCGAGAAAUUUGACACUCACAAGACCAUUGGAUAAAGAAGGUGUUGAGGGUCCUGCCAGUGUUUAUAUAAAUGCAAUCUGCGAAAGAAAACACACAAUAGAUCCUGGAUUCGUUAUUCCAGUUAAUAUUCGUGUAACAGACGCUAAUGAUAAUGCACCACAAUUUAUAAACGCUCCAUAUGUUUUAAAUAUUUCUGAGGUAACGGUGGUUGGUACGCGAGUAUUGCAGGGUGUUAGAGCGUUGGAUGCUGAUCAACCUGGUCCAUAUUCAACUGUGCAAUAUGCAGUUUUACCAGGACCUCAUUCGGAUUAUUUUAUUUUUGUGAAUGCACUCGAGGGAACGUUGGUUCUUAGGAAGCCUUUGGAUUACGAAACUCUCAGUAAUUUCUCUGUAGGAAUUCGGGCACAAGAUCAAGGACUUCCGCCUCAAUCUUCAACGACAACACUUUAUGUAAAUGUUGUUGAUGCGGAUGAUCAGAACCCAGCGUUCUUGAACAAUGAAUACAAAGUCAGUGUACCACAACAAAUUCAGACUAGAAAAAUAUUGAGGGUAGAUCCAGCACCAAUAAAAGCUGUCGAUCAAGAUGUGGGAAUUAGUGCACCUGUUCGUUAUUCCGUUCAAGGUGGUAUUUUACCAUUUUUGAAUUUAAAUCCCGAAACUGCGGAUCUUAUUGUGAUGAGACCUUUGCAAGAUCAUGAACUUGUAGCUCCUACCACUAUUGUUAUUAAGGCAACGCAACUUGAUAAUCCGGAUAGAUAUGCUCUGGCAACUGUAAUUGUUUCCCGAGAAGGAGGAUAUGGUGCAGUUCCUACUGCAGAAGGACGUUUACCUGUAAGAUUUGUUUUAAAGGACUAUCAGUCAAGUAUUCCAGAAAACACACCGCCAGGAAGUAUAAUUCUCACUGCUGGAGUGAAUAAAAUUGAUAAUAAUUUAAGAUUUUGGUUGAUUGGAGCAAUUGAAGAUCUAGAAAGAUUCUCGAUAACAAAUUCUGGUGAAUUAAUAUUGAAAGGUGCAUUGGAUUAUGAAAAAAGAGUUCAUCACACUUUUUUGGUUCAUGUAACUGAUGGACACCAUAAUGAUACGGCGAGAGUAAAUAUAUCAGUAGAAGAUGUAAAUGAAUGGGAGCCAAGAUUUCGCCAUCCGAGAUAUGAAUUUCAUGCUCGCACUAUGAGAGAAGGUUCAAUAGUUGGGAGGUUGGAAGCUGCCGAUGGAGAUAGAGGCGAUCGUGUUUCAUUGUCAUUAAGAGGUCCAGACGCGAGAUCAUUUGAGAUUCGAGAUAAUGGAGAAUUAAUUUUAAGAAAUGCUGGAUCUUUUAAUGGAAGUAUCGCUCGUCUUGUGGCUACUGCUUCUGAUACUGGAAAACCUCCGAGAUCAAGCAUGAUUCCUGUGAUCGUUCAUCUUCCGAAUAAUGGAAUAGUACCAAUUGCAGCAAGAGCAUCUCCUGCAUGGCUUACAAGUAGUGUACUUUUGGUAGCAGUCUUCGGAGGAGUUUUAGGACUACUCGGUGUAGUCAUAUUAAUUUUAAUUAUGUAUAUUUAUAAAAAUAAGAGAAUAAAAGGAGGAGAUUCUGUGAGUUCAAUGGGAACGGGAUACAGAGAAAAAUCUCCAGUACCUUCUGCCUUGAGUCCCACGCCACAAAUUUUGGGGGCCAGUAUUCUUCAUGAUACGUUAGAUAAUCCUAGAGAUAAUCUUCGUGAAAGCAACGAUAUAGACAAUCCUGUAUUUGGUGAUGACAAUGAUACACCCUUUAAUGCAACUCUUAAAAGUGUGAUGUCAGCACGACAAAUGCCACUUUAUUCGCGACACAAAGUGGCACCGGCACCAAGUCCACCGGUUUUAUCAGCUACUUCGAAUAUUCCAAAUGUGGGCGGUUUAGUUCAAAAUAUGAACGAUUUGAGUGCAAGAACACAUGCAAAUUUAGAUGCGGGCUCACAAAAUUCAUCUAAUUAUUCAGCCGAUCCACCUGAUUCAUUGGCUCCAACUUGGCCCGCCGGAUCUAUUUCUCAGCGUGUGAAAAAAUUAUCCUGGGAUGACGACGAUCGGACGGUGGACAGUGUGGAUAUAGAUGCGGAAACUCGAGCCGGAAGCAGUCAAAUCGGAAAUGAACAGCUCAAUCUCACAGUGUAUUUUUAAAAAAAAAAAAAAAAGAUAAAACCUUGGUUUUUAUAAUUUAUAGAGAAACAAUAAGGGACAAUGCCUAUUACCAAACACGGAAUUAUUGUCUCUAUUUUUUAUUCAGUUAAAUAAUUUACAUUCAGUUACCGUAUGAAAAUCUUCGUAAUUGAAACGCGAAAAUAUGAAAAAAAUUCUGUAU